AUGCAACUCCUCUUCACUCACUUCUUACCAUAUUCCAUAACAAAAGUGUUGGAAAAUUGUGCAUCCAAACCCAAUAUGUCAAUGUACUUUGUCAACUCGAGUAAUUCAAGCCCUAUUUAUCAAACCAAUUUGGUGUCAUCUUGCAAACUGGCAGUUUUAUGCGAGAUUAAUCUUGAGGAGAAUUGCAGUUUCUGCUCUCUGUUUUUAAAAGCGUUUUUUUCUAAAAGAUUCCAUCGGCAUAAGAGCUGCAGAGAUUGCAAAGCUCCAAAAGGUACGUGUCAAACACACGAAUUAAAAUGGAUUCCAUGGAGCAAACCGAUGGAUUGGAUUUCAAGUACUUUCGUGGAAUCACUCAAAAAUAGUUUGACUUUUUGGAUGGUUUUUGACAAUCAAGCUUCAAGUAUGGAGAAGGUACAUCGGACGUCAAAUGAAAGUGUCUUAAUCUGUUAUUCAUCGCAAACUAAUUCAUCAUCCUGCACAACUUUUAAAAAGAUUCUUUUGAAAGGAAAGAAUGAGGCAAAUAAAGCAUCAGUUUGCACUACUGAUCCUAAAUUGAGAGCAUUCUUUUAUUAUGCGGAUCUGCCGUUUCUAAGAGCAGCAAAUAUUCACAAAUUUUUCCAGGAAUUUCAACCAUUAAUUGAAGGUAAAGGUGUAUAA